AUGAGUUUUCGAAGGGUCAAACCACUUGUUGACGACGAUGACAAUGACGGCCGUAAUCAGGGGGAUGUAACGAGUGACCCUGCCGGGUCUCAGGGGGGGAGUGAGGCAGAAAUUUCCGGCAGCGACAAUGACGACCCGGCCGGAAGUGGCAAUGAACCAGAAGAUGGCGAUAAUGAUACGGAUAUGGAGGGGAAGGAGACUGAUGAAGAGGAGCGGGUACAUUUCUUGCAUUCCAGAUUCCAGUUUUCGGAGCACGUCCGCUAAUUCGUUCAGUCCAAUCCACAAGAUGCUAUAUCCCAUAUUUCGUUUGGCACGUUAGCAAAAGCCCAAAAAUCCAUCGGAAGAGAGCGGCAAAAGUCGCAACUAUUCUCAAAAGAAGAUCGGGUCACCGCUGCAAAAGCUCAAUUAGCUGCACUUGAAGAAUCUCAAGGAAUAACGCCCCAAAAGCCUAGAAAGACACGGGAAGAGUUAAAACGUUCCUCCAAGCACGCGCCCCAAGAGAUUUCCUCCAAAUGGGCUGUUACUCGCCGACGAGAAGCGAUUGCUCCGAUAAUCCCCGCAGCGCAAGCUGCCAGGGACCCUAGAUUUGACACCGCAGUUAAGGGAUUUUACGACGAAAAGAUUUUCAAGAAAAAUUAUUCCUUUCUCAAUGAUUAUAAGGAGGAUGAGAUAAGGGCCUUAAAACAAGAGAUUUCCAAGUCCAAGGAUGAACAGAAGAGAGAACAGCUAAAGAAAGAACUUCUCUCAAUGGUAUCAGCACAGCUACCGAAAUCAUUUGGCAUGUCUGAAGAAAGUGGCUAAUAUGGAAACUGCAGGAGUCAAAACGCAAGGCCGAAAAAGACAAGGAGCAAGGCGAAAAGGUUGCCAGGGAGCACAGGGAAAGGGAACGGGGAUUAAUAAAGCAGGGAAAGAAGCCAUUUUACCUGAAGAAAGGUAUUUGUUCAUCCUAGGUUUGGGGAGCGCAAGUAUCCGAAAAUUGACACCUCUUCCAGCUGAGCAAAAGAAACUAGUCCUGAUGGAAAAAUAUUCUAAGCUCAACGAGAAGCAACUGGAAAAAGUUAUGGAGAAGAAGCGAAAACGCAAGUCCCAAAAAGAGCGGAAAAGCAUGCCCUUCGAGCGCCGUGCUAGGUAG